AUGUCAUUUGCUCAAACAUAUAUACUUGCCAGUAAAGUCAGACUGAAAUUGACUAAAGAAGCAGCCUCACCUAAAUCAUCCUUACGUAACUUGGUUGUACAGGCUAAUAUGUUGGACAAUUUAAUGGAUUACAUCACUGAAGAAACUGAGAAAAGAAACAGCUAUAGCCAACAACAACAUCAGAAACAACAAGCACAACAGCCUCGUAGUGAUGAAGAGAAACAUGUACAAUUUGAUUUACCUUCAGAGGCUACUACUUCUAAGUCAAGACAUUUAGAUAAUGGUGAAGAAGUGUCCACUACCACUGGAUUACUAUACAAGACUUCAAUUACUGAGUAUGAGAUUGAUUCAGAUUCAGAUUCAGAUUCAGAUUCCGAUUCCGAUAGUGACUACGAUGAUGAAGAAGAAGAAGAAGAAGAAGAGGAUGUCCAAGAUGAAAUCAAACAAUUGAAUGGUGCUAUUUAUGAACAUGCAACUAUGGUUCCUCAAAUCACAACCAAAGAAGUUAAUGAUUCUGAUUCUGAAGAUGAAGAUGAUGAAGAAGAAGAACACCACCAAAAUGAAGCUUAUGAUAACUCACUGACUUACACAUCAUCUGAUUCUGAUUCCGAUUCUGAUGAUUAUUAUAUUUAUUCCGAUUCAGAAGAAGUUGAAGAAGAUGUUGCUAUCCAAGCCAAAAUUCCCAGAACUUUGACCAUCAAUACUUCAAUGCCAUUAAACCCAUCAUCAUCAGCAACAACAACAAUACCAUCGACACCUAGUUAUAAAUCUUUACCAUUUAUGAAUUUGUCUUCUUCCACACCAACCAUUAUUGAGGAAGAUGAGGAAGAGGAAGAGAUAGAGGUAAAAGAAGAUGAAGAUAUCAAUACUGACAUUGAAGAGUCCGAUGAUGAGGGAACAAUUAUUUGUGAUUCUGUUGAACAAGAACCGACAGAAGGGUUGAAGGCAGAUAUUACAAUUGACCAUAUACAUCAUGAUAUGCCAGAACUAUGCCAUACUAAUUCAUUAACUGAUGAUGAAUACGAGGAUGAAGAAUAUUUGCUUAACCAUCACGCCCACCAUUCACACAACCACCACAACCAUCACCAUCACCAUCACCACAAGUAUCCCAGAAAAACACUUGAUGUCAACGACGAUCAUCAUCAUGAAAGUUUACACAUCCCUACCACUACCAUUACAGCUACAGCUACAGCUACAGCAUUACCAGCAUCACCAUCUAAUGAAGGACCCAAUUAUAUUCCCAUCAGUUUAUUCCAACAUGAGAACUUGACAUUGGAACAAAUUUAUUAA